AUGAGGUUGCAAUGUGACGGCACUAACACGGGUUACCUCGAUGCACCUGUAAUUGUCCGCUGCGCUGCACUGCACUGCGCUGUACGUCGGAGCUGUACACGAGUACCCGGCAGGUACUGCUAUAUUACAGCGCAGGACAGAACAAGCAGGACGCGCAGGGGGGGCUGUCGCACCUUCCGUGGCUCCGCUGCCCUGCCCUGCCCUGCCCAGCACCAAUUGGAAGGGCGAGGUUGCCGCCUGGAGCCUGGCGCGUUUGUUGUUUCAGGGGUCUCCAAGCAAAGUACGUACGUAUCGUCUUGCCGACGAUCGAGGUUGCAGUGCAGGGGCGGGGCCUGGAGUCGUGUGGACGGGACUGAUGAACGUUGA